AUGAAAAGAUGGUCCCCAGAGAGUUCUGCAACAAUAAAAAAGCAAAUUUAAAAGAGAUUAGAGAAACGAUAGACAAUUCGAGAACUUUACAAAUAAAAGUCAUGGAAAACAUUAGUCAAGGUUGCCUCAUAAACUAAAGGUUUAUAUGAGGAAUAUGAUACAAUUAAGGUCUAGGGAUAGGUUAUAUGUGUUGGAGAUUCAGUUUAAAUUAAUAGUGGAGAUCAACAUGAUGAGGAUUAUGUUGGAACCAUAAAAUAAAUUAUAUCAAUAAAAGAGCCAACAACGGCGAAGUUAAUAUGUUUGUGUAGAAUUUAAUGGUAUAUGAGAAAAAGUGAGAUCAUUAAAUCUUAGCCUAAAUGUUCUGAAUGGAUUUCUGAACAAGAAUUAUUUAUAACUAAUCAUUAAGAGUAUAUUUUGGCCUAGAGUAUAAUAACUAACUGCAAAAUAUUGAGUUGCAGUGAAUAUCAGGAGUUGGAUGAAAUAGAUUCCACUAUUUAUUUUAACAGAUUAGAAUGGGAUCUUUAGAAAAAAUAAUUUGGUAAUAUGGAUGCAAUAUAGUAAUAUUGUUUAUGCUUUCAACCGGUGAAUCCCGAUAGGCAAUAUAUUCAAUGUGAUUCAUGUAAAAAUUGGUACCAUUUUGAAUGUGUUGGUAUAAAAAAUGGCACCUAUGAUAAAAAUGAAUUCAAUUGCAGGAAUUGUUAAUGA